AUUAAUCAAUACGAAUGUGUAACUUCUCUAAGAGAAAAAAGGGCGGGUCCUUGAGCCAUUAAAAACCACGCCAUGGCUUAAAAACCUGAGUUCUAUUUCCGCAGAACGUUGAGCAUUGAUUCCAACAGGUUGGAAACUACUUGGCGGAGGCCAGGUCUCCUUAGUGUCCCCAGUGUGUCAGACGGGCCAUGUCUCACCCUCCACCCCAGCCUCUAAGCUACCAGGGAGAGGAAGAAGAGGGUCUGCGUACGACGGCCACCGCAGGCUACCCGGGGCCGGACUCUGGCUCCGUCUCCCGGGCUUCGAGAAGCACCAAGGCCGGGAGGGGACGAACGUUACCCUCGAGCCAGGAGUCGAAAGAUGCAGCCUGGACCUGGAGAAAAGCAAAAGCUACCCGCAAAGCUGUAAAGCAUCCUCCCCGCUUCCCUUCCCCAGCAGCUGCCCACGCUCCGCCGACUUCCCGACUCCGCUCAACACCGCAAGACCCCAUCCUCGAGCGCCUGCCGCCACACCCCACAAGCCCGCGGCCACGUCCGCCGGGACCCUGGCCCCGCCCCGCGUCGCCCCCGGCCUCCCGCCGCUCCCCAAGCCCCACGCUCCCGGCAGCCGGCACUGCGCCUGCGCGCCGCGGCCAGCGCGGGGCGGGGCGAAGCCAGCGCGGCGGAAGGGGCGGGGCGGGACCGUACUUCCGGAGGCCUGGGGAGUCACAAAUCACAUUGAGCCACAACCGUCCAGUGUUUUCUUCAGUUCCAAACGAAAUGAAUAUUCCCAAGCUGCUACAACAUCCUCACCAGCAUUUCCUAAAAGGCCUUUUAAGAUCACCUUUCCGACCUUACCACUUCAUCUUUCACUCGAGUGCUCAUCUCGGAUCAGGAAUGCCACCUGCUCAGCCAUUUAAUUCUCUUGGACUCCAUUGUACAAAGUGGAUGCUGCUGUCAAAUGGUUUAAAGAGAAAAUUGUGUGUACAAACAACCUUAAAGGAGCACACGGAAGGAUUUUCUGAUAAGGAACAAAGAUUUGUGGAUAAACUUUAUACUGGUUUAAUCCAAGGGCAAAGGGCCUGCUUAGCAGAAGCCAUAACUCUCAUAGAAUCAACUCACAGCAGGAAAAAAGAGUUAGCCCAGGUGCUCCUCCAGAAAGUGUUAGUCUACCACAGAGAACGGGAACAAUUAAACAAGGGAAAACCACUAGCGUUUCGAGUAGGAUUGUCUGGGCCCCCUGGUGCUGGAAAAUCAACCUUUAUAGAAUAUUUUGGAAAAAUGCUUACUGAGAGAGGGCACAAAUUAUCUGUGCUGGCUGUGGACCCUUCUUCUUGUACUAGUGGAGGAUCACUCUUAGGUGAUAAAACCCGAAUGACUGAGUUAUCAAGAGAUAUGAAUGCAUACAUCAGGCCGUCUCCUACUAGAGGUACUUUAGGAGGUGUGACAAGGACCACAAAUGAAGCUAUUCUGUUGUGUGAAGGGGGAGGAUAUGACAUCAUUCUUAUUGAAACCGUAGGUGUGGGUCAGUCAGAGUUUGCUGUUGCUGAUAUGGUUGACAUGUUUAUUUUGCUACUGCCACCAGCAGGAGGAGAUGAAUUACAGGGCAUCAAAAGAGGUAUAAUUGAGAUGGCAGAUCUGGUAGCUAUAACUAAAUCCGACGGAGACUUGAUUGUGCCAGCUCGAAGGAUACAAGCAGAGUACGUGAGCGCACUGAAAUUACUCCGCAGGCGUUCGAAAGUCUGGAGACCAAAGGUAAUUCGUAUUUCUGCCAGAAGUGGAGAGGGCAUCACUGAAAUGUGGGAUAAAAUGAAAGAAUUCCAGGACCUAAUGCUUGCCAGUGGGGAGCUGAGUGCCAAGCGACAGAAGCAGCAGAAAGUUUGGAUGUGGAAUCUCAUUCAGGAAAGUGUGUUAGAACAUUUCAGGACUCAUCCCACAGUCCGGGAACAGAUUCCUCUUCUGGAAAAAAAGGUUCUCAGGGGGGCCCUGUCCCCAGGACUAGCAGCAGACUUGUUGUUGAAAGCUUUUCAAAGCAGAGACUAAUAAAAUUUAUCCUAUGCAAUAAUUCGAUAUGUCAUUUCAUAAAGUAUUUUAAUAUUAAAAGUCACUUGGGUGCUUAUAUUUUCAGUAA